GGAAACGAACAAAGUCAAAAGGCAACUUCUUUUUGCACCGGGGCUGGGGUUUCUGCUGCACAUUUAUUUUUUAUUAUUAGAGAUUAAUUUUAAGCACAUUUCAGUAAGUUUUCUCAUGAAUGACCCAGUGUAGCUACAGAACAAAACCAAGCAAUCUAGCUACGCAUCUACAGCCAGUAGCUAAAACUUAUUUUGUGCAGUGAGGGUGCACAGGUAUGAAAUUAGCUAAUUCUGGUAUUUUUUGUUCUGGGACAAACAUGGAUCUUUGCAGCCUCAGAUUCUGACAAUACCUGAUGCAGCUGGCCAAGCCCUUCUUGCAGUUUCUGUGAAUCUUCCGGAUUCACUUGUGUGAAGUGAGCAGUAUUUAUUUGCCGCUAGUUCAAUUUUUUAAGUAAACUAGCUUGCUAGUUACGUGCAUUUUGUGUGCAACAGCGAGUUUGAGUGCACUGAGCAUUCCAAAACGGCUUUCAGCACUGCGUGGGCCGGAGACUCAACAUGUCACUGUCUAGAAGCACAGGUUUGUGUGACUGGCGAGCAGUGCACACUUCCUCUUAGAGGACAGCACAGCCGUUCACAUCACUGAGUUCAUGGAGAGAAAAGAAGGGAGAAAGAAAAAGCAUGGACUGAAGAUGCCAGAUGAAGCCUUCAAGAAGGAGCCCAACCCUGUGCCUCCUCGAAACUUAGACUCAAGGACCUUCAUCACUAUAGGAGACAAGAAUUUCGAGGUGCAGGCGGAUGACCUGGUGUCAUUGUCAGAGCUGGGACGUGGGGCGUACGGCGUUGUUGAGAGGGUACGACAUGCACAAAGUGGAACCAUCAUGGCUGUCAAGAGGAUCAGAGCGACGGUCAACUGUCAGGAGCAGAAGAGGUUACUGAUGGACCUGGACAUCUCCAUGAGGACGGUGGACUGCCCCUACACUGUCACCUUCUAUGGAGCCCUGUUCAGAGAGGGGGACGUGUGGAUCUGCAUGGAGUUGAUGGACACCUCACUGGACAAGUUCUACAAAAAAGUGGUUGAGAAAGGGAAGAAGAUACCUGAAGACAUCCUGGGCAAAAUUUCAGCGUCUAUUGUCAAAGCAUUAGAACAUUUACAUAGUAAGCUGUCUGUGAUUCAUAGAGAUGUGAAGCCUUCCAACGUCCUUAUCAACAAAGAGGGCCAUGUGAAGAUGUGUGACUUCGGCAUCAGUGGGUACCUGGUGGACUCCGUGGCUAAGACGCUGGACGCCGGCUGCAAGCCUUACAUGGCGCCGGAGAGGAUCAACCCAGAGCUCAGCCAAAAGGGCUACAAUGUGAAGUCGGAUGUGUGGAGUCUGGGAAUCACACUGAUUGAGCUGGCCAUUCUGCGCUUCCCCUACGAGUCCUGGGGCACUCCCUUCCAGCAGCUGAAGCAGGUGGUGGAGGAGCCGUCCCCCCAGCUGCCCGCUGACCGCUUCUCUAAGGAGUUUGUGGACUUCACAACACACUGUUUGAAAAAGAAUCCCUCAGAGAGAUUGAGCUACCUUGAACUCAUGGAACACCCCUUCUUCAAGACACAUGAAUCCAAGGAAACAGACGUGGCUUCAUUUGUGAAAGAGACUCUUGAUGAUGGCCAGAACUGAGCCCUGGCCCUCUCCUACUGAUCUGCUUUAGCAUGAAAGUGUACACGAUUCUUUCUUGAUUCCCAGUUCAAAAGGGCGAGUAUGGCUCACCACACACGAUUCGGAUAAGUGGAAUGACCUCACAGCGGUCAAGCGUUUUUUUUGUGUUUGUUUUUGCCUUUUUCCAUCUUUUUUGAAAGAUAGGUGAUGAUGAAAUGGCUCUAACAGAACCAUAAAAUCAAAAUAUGGAGUUGUAAUUUAGCAUUUGGUUUUCUCGGGAAAAUUAAUGCUAAGAUUUGAGUAAACAAAAUAUUCCCCAUGAUUUUCCAAAAGUGAUAACACAUGAGUAGAAUUACUGCCUGUGCCUAUGAUGCAUAGCACUCUCUUUCAUAACACGUCUCACAAACUGCUGUGGGUACUACAGACCAGCUUAAGCUUGUAAGGGGCUACU